CCCCGCUGGCCGCACGUGAGACGAGCAGCUGGCGUCGCCGGUCCCCGGGCCGAGGGCACUGGCUAGGAAAGGUGAGUCCGUGCAGUGGGAAGCCGGACUCCCGGAUUCAGGAUCGGCCGCAGUGCUCGGAAUUGCCCCACCCCCAUGCCACCUGGAGAAAACCUGGACCCGAUUCCUGACAGCUUCAUCCUGCAGCCGCCGGUCUUCCACCCGGUGGUUCCCUAUGUCACGACAAUUUUUGGCGGCCUGCAUGCAGGCAGGAUGGUGAUGCUGCAGGGCGUGAUCCCCCUCCAUGCACACAGGUUCCAGGUGGACUUCCAGUGUGGCUGCAGCCUGAGCCCCCAGCCAGAUGUUGCCGUGCACUUCAGCCCUCGCUUCCACACCACCAAGCCUCAUGCCAUCUGUAACACCCUCCACGGCGGACGGUGGCAAAGAGAGACCCGGUGGCCUGGCCUCGCCCUGAAGAGAGGGGCCAGCUUCCUCAUCCUCUUCCUCUUUGAGAACGAGGAGGUGAAGGUGAGUGUUAAUGGACGGCACUUUCUCCACUACCGAUACCGGCUCCCACUGUCUAGAGUGGACACCCUGGGCAUAUUCGGUGACAUCUUGGUAAAGGCUGUUGGAUUCCUGAAUAUCAAUCCGUUUGUGGAGGGCAGCAGAGAGUAUCCAGUUGGAUAUCCCUUCCUGCUGUUCAGCCCCAGGCUGCAGGUUCCCUGCUCACGUGCUCUUCCUCGGGGUCUCUGGCCAGGACAAGUCAUCAUAGUGAGGGGACUGGUGUUGCAAGAGCCGAAGGAUUUUACCCUGAGCCUGAGAGAUGAGGCCUCCCACGUUCCUGUGACCCUCAAGGCUUCCUUCACAGACAGAACGCUGGCCUGGGUCUCCCAGUGGGGCCGCAAGAAGCUGAUCUCAGCCCCCUUCCUCUUUUACCCCAAGCGAUUCUUUGAGGUACUGCUUCUGUGCCAGGAGGGAGGGCUGAAACUGGCACUCAAUGGGCAGGGGCUGGGGGCCACCAGCCUGGACCAGAAGACCUUGGAAGGAGUGCGGGAGCUCCGAAUCAGCGGAAGUGUCCACCUCUACUGUGUCCAUCACUGAAGGGGGCUCCAGGGGGACCUGGCCAGAGACAAGGAAGGGCAGCUAUACCCAGGGCCCCAUUGUGCCGUCUUCAUCUACGAUCUUGUCAGGCCUAGUUCACACCCAGGUGACAAGCCUCAAUCUGCAGGGGACAUUGGACCCCACAUCAAGGGAGGCUCCAGCUGAGAAAGUGUCUCCAACGCUGUGCCUCUCCCUACUAGGAGCCUGGGAUUUGGCUCCAUCUGGACCUAGACUGCACUCAAAAGGGGACAGAUUUAAUAGCUUAAU